UUGCUAGCUCCUUGUGUUGCUGUGAGAUCUUCAAGGCACUCUGGCUAGCACAGACUAAACUUAUUUUCAUAGACAAGUAAGGCUAGAAGGGAUUGAACCUGCAACGUUCUGUGAAUAACACCAUGUUCUAACCAACUGAGCUAAACUUCAGCUGUUUGAACUGAAGGAAGAAAGGGGACAGGCAGGAGGGGGAAAGUAAAGCUUUGUUGCAGGACCAGGCGCUUCCUGUCAGUUAAGCAACAAAACAAGCCUCACAACCUUGAACCCAGCUACAGCCCCUUGCUCAGCAGUAACAAUGCUGCAGGAGAUGCGAUAAUAGCAAGCGCUUCUGUGCAACCUACAUGGGUCCCACACAGCUCGCCACACAGGAUCAUGGGAAGAGGGUGGCAAGUGUAUUUGAGAUGGAGGAAGGGUUUUCACUUUUCUCUAGUUCAGAGAACCCAUCAGAGCAUACAGAAAAUCCACCCCUGAAGCGAAAGAAAGGCCCAGCCCCCAAGAUGCUGGGAAAUGAAGUGUGCAGUGUGUGUGGAGACAAGGCCUCUGGCUUUCACUACAAUGUGCUGAGCUGCGAGGGCUGUAAGGGCUUUUUCCGCCGCAGUGUCAUCAAGGGUGCCCAGUACAUCUGCAAGAAUGGUGGCAAGUGUGAGAUGGACAUGUACAUGCGCCGCAAGUGCCAGGAGUGCCGUCUACGCAAGUGCCAGGAAGCAGGAAUGCGGGAGCAGUGUGUUCUGUCUGAAGAGCAGAUCCGGCUGAAGAAGCUUAAGAAACAGGAAGAUGAUCAGGCACGGACUGUUGUUACACGCCCAAACCCCCCGCAGACUCCAAGUACCUCAUACAAACUGACCCCUGAACAGUUAAACAUGAUAGACAAGCUUGUGGCAGCUCAGCAACAGUGUAACCAGCGCUCCUUCACAGAUCGGCUCAAAGUGACGCCGUGGCCACAAGUUCCAGACCCUAAUAACCGUGAGGCAAGGCAGCAACGUUUUGCUCAUUUCACAGAGCUUGCAAUCAUCUCUGUGCAGGAGAUUGUGGACUUUGCCAAGCAGCUGCCUGGCUUCCUGGAACUCACCAGGGAAGAUCAGAUUGCUCUGCUGAAGACGUCCACCAUAGAGGUGAUGCUGCUGGAGACAUCUCGGCGCUACAAUCCAGAGAUCGAAAGCAUCACCUUUCUUAAAGACCUGAGUUAUAAUCGGGAUGAUUUCGCCAAAGCAGGAUUGCAGUUCGAGUUCAUUAACCCCAUUUUUGAGUUUUCAAAGGGAAUGAAUGAUCUACAGCUCAACGAUGCUGAAUAUGCACUUUUAAUUGCCAUCAACAUUUUCUCUGCAGACCGACCGAAUGUCCAGGACCAGGCCUUGGUGGAGAGGCUGCAGCAUACCUAUGUAGAGGCCCUUCAUUCUUACAUUUGCAUCAACAGACCAAAUGACCACCUGAUGUUCCCACGGAUGUUAAUGAAGUUGGUCAGUCUUCGGACUUUAAGCAGCGUCCAUUCUGAGCAGGUGUUUGCCCUUCGAUUGCAGGACAAAAAGCUCCCUCCCUUGCUCUCUGAAAUCUGGGAUGUGCAUGAAUGACCAUGUGCUCUCAGGGCACUGACUUGGUGAAGUAACAGCCAUCUCCCAGCCUUUGCUAACAAGAAGCAAAGCCAGCUUCUCUCCAGAGCACUGAACUGUGGGCUAGACAGCGCAGGGAGCAACAAGCCUGUGGUUUCUGUGAUGUGCUGAGACUGUGCAAAAGGCAUCUGGGAUAGAUCAGAUGGUUUGGGUUGCUGGGGGUUUGGGUAUUUGUUUUUGGGGCUUUUAUUUUUAAUCUUUGAUUUUAGUGCCCUCACCACAGCAGUGGAUAACAUAAAACACCUCAGAACGGUGAAACUGAAGACCAUAUCCCAAACAU